AUGGCAUCCCCCCCACCAACAUCAACCGCAACCGCAUCCUCGCAAUUCCCCGUCGGCUCCAUCCUGCAGAAUAUUCACAUCAACCAGACGCAGAAAUAUGUCUUCUCGGCUUUUGCCGGCCUGGUCUGGUACAACGCGAUCGAGCUCAUCGUUCUCUGCCUGACCACCUUCAAACGCUACCACGGCUGCUACUUCUGGUCCCUCCUUCUCGCCUCCAUCAGCCUCAUCCCGCACACCCUCGGCUUCUUUUUCCUCUUCUUCCUCUCCACAUCAGUCAGCCCCUAUGUCGCCGUCUCCUUCGUCAUCCCCAGCUGGUGCACCAUGAUAACCGGCCACUCGCUCAUCCUCUGGUCACGCCUGCACCUCGUCCUCCAGAAACCAAAGAUCCUCCGCGCCAUUCUCGUCAUGAUCAUCGUCGACGCCAUUACCAUGCAAAUCCCCAUCGCUGUGUUGCUCUACGGCGCCGUCUCUCCGAACGCGGCGCACUUCACAACGGGGUACAACGUCAUGGAGCGGAUCCAGCUGAUCGUCUUCGCGCUGCAAGAAAUCAUUAUCUCAAGCUUCUACGUCUUCGAAACAGUCAGGAUGCUCCGCCUGCGGCCGCCGGAAGCGCGGCACCGGCAGAUCCUGACGCAGCUCCUCGCGAUCAAUAUCGUGAUUCUCGUGCUGGACGUUGCUGUCGUCGGGACCGAGUAUGCGGGCUACUAUGCCGUGCAGGUGAUGUUCAAGCCCGUGGCGUACAGUAUCAAGUUCAAGCUCGAGUAUGCGAUUCUCGGGCGGUUGAUCCAGAUCGCCAAGGGGGGCCCGUCCCUCGAGCGCGAGCAGGUCUCGUCGAGUGUGCAGGGCUUUCACUCUGAUCCGUCGGAGCGGAUGGCCACGGUGGGGAGCGCGAGUCUGAGCAAGACUCCGGGACCCAGUCCGGACAGUGCAGGAACGGGUAUGUCGUAUGUCCGCGAUGAGGAUACAUAUGCCGCAAUGAGGUUUCAUGAGAGGCAGUCACUUUGA